AUGACAUAUGGAGAGAUCAGUUCAGAUGGUUAUUUAUCUGCACCCCCAGUACUACUUCUCUUGGUACUAUUCCUGGGUGUGCCCAGAUCAGAAAAUCAUGUUACCAAUGUGGAAGACUGUUUCAAGGAGCCUGAAUAUGAAAACUGGCUGGCUACUGCCAGGGAUGGUCUAAGAAAGACCUUGAAACCUAAGACCAUUGUGAUUGUUGGAGCAGGAAUUAGUGGAUUGACUGCCGCCAAAUUACUCAGAGAAGCUGGACAUCAGGUUGUAAUCUUGGAAGCCAGUAACCGUGUGGGAGGACGCAUAAAGACUCACCGAGAAGACGACUGGUAUGUGGAUGUGGGACCGAUGCGAUUGCCCAAAACUCACAGAAUUGUACGUGAAUACCUUAAAAAGUUCAAACUUCGUCUAAAUCCAUUCAAUCAGACUGAUCAGAAUGGCUGGUAUUUAAUUCAAAAUGUCAGGGAAAAAAUGACACCCCACAAUCCUGAAAACUUUGGAUACCAACUUAACCCCAAUGAGGAGGGAAAGUCUGCAAGCCAGCUGUUUGAUGAGACUCUGAACAAGGUCACAGACAACUGUACUCUUCUGAAGGAAAAAUAUGAUUCAUUUUCCACAAAGGAAUAUCUCAUUAAGGAAGGAAAUUUGAGCAAAGGAGCUGUUGAGAUGAUUGGUGAUUUCCUGAAUGAAGAAUCUGGAUUUCAUAACUCAUUCCUUAUUUCUGUUAUGGAUCAUUUCAUUUUUUCGAAUAGCAGUUUUGAUGAAAUUACUGGUGGAUUUGAUCAACUUCCUCAAAGUUUCUUCCGGGAAAUGGUUAAAAUUGUACAUUUCAGUUGCACUGUGGAGAAGAUAGUUCGUGCCAAAAACAAAGUGAGAGUCUUCUACAAAUGGUUGUCCAGGUCUACAUCUCUGGUUGCUGACUAUGUCCUCAUCACAGCUACAGCAAGAGCCGCACGACUCAUCAAGUUUGUGCCACCUCUUUCCAUUCCCAAAACCCGGGCAUUACGGUCUUUGACUUAUGCAAGUGCUACUAAAAUUGCCUUGGUUUGCACUGAGAAGUUUUGGGAGAAGGAGGGGAUCCACGGAGGGAGAUCAAUCACAGAUCUCCCAUCACGAACAAUUUACUAUCCAAAUCAUAACUUCCCCCACGGAAUAGGCGUCCUUCUGGCAUCCUAUACUUGGUAUUCUGACUCUGAAUUCUAUACGACACUCAGUGAUGAAAAGUGUGUUGAUGUGGUGAUGGAUGAUCUUGUGGAAAUCCAUCAAGUAUCUAAAAUUUAUCUCAAAUCGGUCUGUGGCAAAUAUGUGGUACAAAAAUGGACCCUUGACCAAUACUCUAUGGGAGCAUUCAGCACAUACACCCCAUACCAGAUUACCCAUUAUUCUCAGAUACUGGCCCAGAAUGAAGGGAGGAUCCACUUUGCUGGUGAAUACACAGCUCAUCCACAUGGUUGGAUUGAAACUUCCAUGAAAUCUGCCAUAAGGGCAGCAAUUAAUAUCCACAAUGCAUAAAAGAAUAAUUUAUUGUGGAAGAAUUUACUUGUUUAUUGAAGAAUAAUUUACUUACAGAAGAAUCAUUUGGCUAUGACUCCAGAUACAAGUUUGGGAGCAGCUCAUGGUGUUGUUAGCUCACAAUGACAAACUAUCAAAAGCUGCAUGCCAACCAGACAAUGCAAAUAAAAACAACCAGUUAUCAGAGAAACUUGGGAAAGUAUGUCAGGAGUUGGGAGCAUGACUCGGAAGAGUUAUGAUCAUCACCUGCAGAAAUUCAAUUGCAACUUUCCCACUAAAAAAUGUUCCAGCAAAACAUGCAUUAGUAUUGCACAAGGACCUUAUUUUUUGUUUAAUCUGCAAUUCCAUAUUAAAUAGCAAUAGCACUUAGACUUAUAUACCGCUUUAUAGUGCUAUACAGCCCUCUCUAAGCAGUUGAUAAAGUCAGCAUAUUGCCCCCCAAAAUCUGGCUCCUCAUUUUACCCACCUCAGAAGGAUGGAAGCCUGAGUCAAUCUUGAGCUUGGUGAGAUUCGAACUGCCAAAUUGCAGGCAGCUGGCAGUCAGCAGAAGUAGCCAAUAGUACUUCAUUCUAACCACUGCAAAGUCCAGAUGGACUUUUUAUCAAUGAUCCACAUAUUCUUGGGUUAUAAUUAAAAUGUUUUUGUUGUUGUUUCUAACCCAUAAUGCUUUCUAAUUUCUAAAUGAAAUAUUU